GCCGCUGGUCUAUUGUACAAGUAUAGAGGUUCUGUGAAGCUCGGCCAGAUAGAGCGAUUUAAUAGCUCUCUGAAUCUUGAAGACUUUGACCAGUCGUCAUUUUGGGUUAGAAUCAAAAAUCUUGAGUUGUUGCCAUUAAAGGCAUUUUAUUUGCUUGGACCAUAUAUUUUAUACUGUGAUAUUAGAAAUCCUGGUUUUGGUCAUAAUGACUUGCUAAAUUAUAUCACUGCUGAUCAGCCUAGGUUUGAGCCUAACUUGCAUCCCAAUCAAACAAUGAUUCACGAAUUAUCUUGUCACACAAUUAAAAAAAAAUAUGUUUGGGUGAUCGACAUCGUGUCUCAAAUAAUAUUUUCCGAUUCUGCUUCUGUUUCCUUUGAGAUUUUGCUUUCUAAAUCAAAAGAGAAAUUGCAUUCAUUUUUGAAGGUUGAUCAUCAAAAUCACUUUAUUAAAAACGGUCUACUAACUAUCGUAAAACAGGAUACUUUUGAUUUGUGGAAUUUGCCUUUACCAAUAAAAGAAAAGCCAUUGCAUUUGGUGCUAUUAACUCAUGGUUUGCAUUCAAAUGUUAGUGCAGACAUGUAUUAUAUUAAAGAGCAAAUCGAUAAAACUAGCUCGAAAACAGGCGAAAACUUAAUUGUCAGAGGUUAUCCUGGAAAUAUUUGCAAAACUGAAAGAGGCAUCAAAUAUCUUGGUAGUAGAAUGGCUGAAUAUAUUAUUAAGGAUAUAUUGCCAAACCAUCUGAAUAUUGAUAAAAUAUCAUUUAUUGGACACUCCUUAGGAGGUUUAGUUCAAACAUUUUCAAUAGCGUACAUUGAAAAUAAUUACCCAUGGUUUUUUAAAAAAAUUAAACCAGUUAAUUUUAUUACGUUGGCAUCUCCAUUGCUAGGAAUAUUAAAUAUUGAUCAACCAUCAUAUAUCAAUAUAGCUUUAAGUUCUGGCAUGGUUGGCAAAACAGGAAUGGAUCUAGGUUUGAAAUUGACUGAACUAAAUUCUACUACACCAUUGUUAUAUUUAUUACCAACUGGGCCUGCUCAUAGAAUAUUAAAAAAAUUCAAAAACCGAACAAUCUAUGCAAACGCAAUUAAUGAUGGAAUUGUGCCUUUGAGAACUAGCGGGUUAUUUUUUUUAGAUUACGAUAAAAUUACAAUACCAAGCUUCAAGCCUUUACAAAGUGCAGUAUCAUCAUGGAUCUUCCCUCAAAAUCCAGUUAUUUUAGAUGAUAAAAGCAACAUUCCUAUCCUCGAAAAUUCAAGUAUAAAUAGUGGAAUUGAAUUACCAAAAGCAUCAAUGAUUGAAAGCGCUGCGUCUAUAUUGUUUCUGCCAUUACCUUCUAAAAAGUAUUUAAUGGAUCCUAAAAGUCGAGAAAAUUGCAUAAUUCAUGAUGAAUAUUAUACAGAGGAAAUUGUUAAUGAGUUACUCAAAAAAUUGAACGAAAAAAAAAAAAUAUUAAAAGAAAACCAAAAAAAAACUAAAAAGCUAGAAAAAACAAUUGCAUUAAAAUGGCACAAAGGAAUGACAUGGAGAAAAGUAUUGGUUAAAUUGAAACCAGAUGCUCAUAAUAAUAUAAUUGUGAGAAGAAGAUUUUCCAACGCCUACGGUUGGUUGGUAGUUGAUCAUUUGGUUAACAAUCAUUUUCAAAAUGAUUAU